AUGCUCCCUGCCGUCGACCGGGCUCCCGAACUCGAAUACGGAUACAUGGCGGAGAAUAAUGAUGUGCGCUCCUACCACGGCGACUCCCCAUUCGCCAGCGACGACGAGAAAUCGGAGGACGAGGGCGAAUCCCAGUGUUGUGCGGAAGUGACGAUCCAAUCGAGUUGUGGUUCUGGAGCGAUGACGACCUCACUAUCCUCUGAGGUCUCCGAAGUGCCAUUCUCGAUGCCGAUGUGCAGCAACUGUUGCGCGGUGCAAACGGUUGUAUGGCGCGAGGACGAUGAGGGGCUAACCCUAUGCAACGCCUGCUACUACUACGUCAAAACCCACGGUGUCAAACGCCCGCCGAGCCUCGAGUGGAGCCCCGGUCGCCAGCCAUACAUCCCAAAAACCCUCCACUGCACGGCCUGUGGUGACGUCGGCCUGAGCGUCGAUGUGAUCGGCGAGUUGAAGAAGUCGAGUUGUCGGACUUGCAACGACUACGAGACGUACAAAAUCUUCCCCGUCGAGGAGAAGCCCGCGGAAGUGGCCGAGAAGGUUGAAGGCCCGCCCAAAGAUGUUGGCGAGAAAAAGCCGAGUGAGCCGAAGGGCAUACCUUACCGCAAGCUGCGGUCAAAUUUGGUCGAGACGCAGCUAGCCGAGAAAAUCGCCAAGAGGCAAUGCGACAGCUAUAAUAACACCUGUGACCUGAUUCUGUCUGUUGGCGCCGGGCUCUGGUGCGGCUUACUGAUGGUCUACAUGAUAGCAUCCAUAGAGCGUGACGGCGCUGUGCCUCAAAACCACGUCCCGGUCGUCUCGACAUCCGUGCGCAACGUCAGCUACAUCGAGUUGGAGCCGUGCACGGGAAUCCGGAUUGUCAAGGUCUGCCAAUUCGUCGACUGGUGUGACGAUCUUCGCAAGAUGAACCCGACGGCGCCGCAAGAAAGGCCCGUCAUCAAAAUCAACCACCAAGAAAUCCCGGCUGACGACGUUUUGAGGCUCUACGUGGAAACAGUCGAGAUCUCCCACGACUUUUCCGAGAAGCUCAUCGACGAAGUUUGGGCAUUCCAUUCGCGAUCAAAUCAGAAAAUCCGACAAAUUGUCGGUGCUGUCGCCCGGAAUCCGCGCAAAACCCGCAAC